CUAUCAGAGCUUCCUAUUUCCAUUCCAAGUUCCACGCCAGCCAACCACAUCGACCAUUCCGACCACAAAGCCAGUCUUCUUCAAGAACCCCGCAAACAGCUGAUCGCGAUUGCGCUUCGUUCCGUUGCGAUAAGUUCCGUUAUCUCGCGUGCUGGCCGAAUCUCUCUGAAGACGUCCAUUGUGCGUUGGUCGGGUUUUUUGAGAGAGCGCCCCACUCCCGUUAAACAGCUGUUUGCCCAUUCUAACGCGGGUUGUUCAACUUCAUUCACCGCGGAGAGCUGCUGGUGAGUGGAAGCAGCCAGAGAACGAAAAGAAAGCAGAAAACAAAAACCAUGCGACAAAGUGUGAAUUCAGUGCUGAUGCUGCUGCUGCUGCUCCUGAUAGCUGGGAGAGAUGUACGAUCGCGUAUGUAUAUCCAGAGUUCGACGGAGGGAAUUACCGAGCUUCUCUCGCUGGUGGAGAAAGACAUCCCCGCUGAGGAUGAUUCUGCUGCCUGUACGAUAUCUCUAAGCCGUGAUCUAACGGUCAUGCAGCCUCUGUUGCUCCAACCAGGCACCGACGAGUUUGUGUGGCCACAGCUCAACAGCACCGUUGUCACCCUCGCCAAUGGCCAAUCGGUGGAGCUGUUCUGUUCGCACGGCUUUCGCAAGGGCUCUCCUGCGGGUCGCUCCAAAUCAGCCACCAUCACCUGCGACGGCGACGGUAGGUUUGGUUAUCGAUCGGAGGCGCAUAACAUGUCGCACUUUCUCUGCCAGCGACCUGUUUAUCACGUAGCCGAGCGUACCGGUGCCCAUUGCUACGACAAUGGGACGAUUGUGCGCGUCGGUUUUAGCGUUGACGAGGCCCGGUUUGCCGCGCUGUACGAGGUGUGCUUCGACGAGAGGAACCUGCGCACGCAUUACACCAAACACCGGCUAACGCCCCACAACGACCAUCAUCAGCGAGCGGUAAAGCGGCCCUCCUUUCUGCAGGGUGAAUUCUACGGCGACUUAAAGAUGGCCACUCUGUACAGCUUCGCAGCGCAGCACGCAACACUGGCCCGCAUUCUGAGCUCGCCGGCCCGUGCCGAUGCGCUGUUAAGUAGCAAGAAGGGGCUGUUCUUUGCCCGCGGCCACCUGGCCGCCAAGUCGGACUUUGUGUUCGGUGCGCACCAGCGUGCCUCGUUUUGGUUCAUGAACGUGGCGCCUCAGUGGCAACGGUUCAACGGUUUCAGCUGGCAGCGCAUCGAGACGGGCGUGAAGGCGUACGUGGCGGCGAACGAUCUCCGGCUGACCGUGUACACCGGCACGUACGGAGUGCUGAAGCUGCUGGACGGGAAUGGGGAUGGGCAGGAGAUCUUCCUCGACUACGAUGCGAACCGUGAGCCGGCGGGCAAGGUGCCAGCACCGGCCCUGUUCUACAAAGUGCUGCUGGACGAGGCGAAUGAUGCAGGGCUGGCACUGGUCGGUGUGAACAAUCCGCACGCAACACCGGAAGAGAUCGCUGCCGACUAUGUGGUGUGUAAGGACGUUAGUGAUGCGGUACGGUGGUUAAGGUGGGAUCGUAACUCGAUCGAGGAUGGGUAUGUGUAUGCGUGCGAUGUGAACGAGUUCAAUGCAGUUACGGGCCAUUUGGUGCUCGAGCGGCCAGUGAGCAACUUGUUGGUGUAAUGUACCAAUCCAAGGAGGUGUUUAUUAAACAAUAUUUAGGUACUGAAAGUGAGAUUAAGAAACGAUAAAAGAAAAUUAUAUAGAAAAUUAGGAAAAUCAGAAAAUGUUUGAAAAAGAAGAUUUGUUGAAGGGUUCUGAGUGAGUCGACAUAACACAUAACUAAUAUGUCGACUUUUUCAAAUGAAGAGUAUUUUAGUCGGGCAAAUUGCCUACAUCAAGGCGUCUUUUUUCAUGGUCGAAAGUUUCUUAGUAAGUUCUGCAUCUUAGCUGUUCAUCUGAGUAGCAAUUUCAAGUUUGGAUUUAAAAGUUUCGUGGAAAUUAUACUUAAAACAAUAAUUCAAAAACGGUUAAAGGUUUCAAAUUGACGCUAUACAGGCACAGGACACUAACCUAUUACGGCUUUAGGACAUAACGA